UUUAACCUUGCAAUAAAAUUUACUUUAAAUAAUCAAUUUCGAGAAGACAGUGAAACAAAUUGUAAUGGACCGUGUACGCAUUACAUAUGAAAACCCAGAUACCAGUAGUGAUAAGAAACCUGAACUCAUUCAUGAAAAUGAUAAAAAUUCAAUUACAAUCAACUGUGAAAAUAAUAUUAAAAUGGAAAAACAAUUAAAUACAGAAUUUAUAAUAAAAGAGGAAAUAUUAGAAGACAUCGAUGUCAACAUGGAAAGUGGACACAUUGAAGAAGGCCUGGAACAUAGUUUUAUAAUGGAACCUGGCGGCAGAAUUAAGAAUGAAGUUCUAAACGAUUGUUAUUCAUUGGAAUGUAUACCAACUAAAAAUGAAAAACUGGAAAAUUCAACUACUUUAAUUAACUACGAAAAUAUUAAGCUUGAAAAACAAUUAAAUACAGACCGUUUUGAAAUGUUUGUUCAAUAUAUUACGUCUGAACCGAGGCCGAUGCGAAGAAGAGUUACAAAACAUUCACAUAUACAAUCUGAUAAAUUCUUAUUAAACUCGGCCUCUUAUAAUUUGACCUUGUUUAAAAUGUUUAAUUAA